AAACGGGCGACGACAACCUCCCUCAACAAGAUGGAACAAGUGGAAGCAACAGUUACCAUGGCACCAUCCCUCCGCGAAGAUGACAUCCGCCCACGGCCACGGCAGUCCCAAACUUGCCUGCGGCCUAUCGAUGCUGCUUCGAUUGACGACAACUGUCUCGCAGUCGAGGCGCAUUUACCUUUUGCGGCAUGGCAACGGCAACGGCAGCUGGGCUAG